CGCUCUCGUCUCUGCCCCAUGCUCUCUGUCGCCCCAUAAUUCUUCAACUGAUCGAUGAGCCACAGCGCUCAGGCCAGCUGUCCAGCAUCUGCAUCGCGGGGACAGCGCUCGCAAAAGGAAGGGGGACAGCAGUGCUUUGCUGAGUGACAGCGUCUGCCCAGAUCCGGAUUCGAUAUUCUCUGCCACACUGUUGUGUGUGUACUGCACUGAGAAAGCCAGCAGCGUCUCAUCUGGAACUUUCCUUCCUGAGACGAUAUAUAAGCAUUUCGUUUGGAGAUGCUCUCGACAUGCAACUUGGAGUGGCUCUUCAGCAUGCAACAGCAUAGGUGGCACAAGGGAGAACUGGCAGCAACCGCUAUGACAAGCUUCAAGACGGACCAUUGGGUUGCAAAAGAGCUGCAUCGGCCGGAGCUCGUAUCAUUGCAGCAGCAACGCUCGACAGAUUGUAGCAAGUACAAUGAAGGCUCCCGUCGGGCGCUUCGCAUCCGCACGGACUAUACGCUGAACCGCAAAGACGUGGGUUGUGGUCCAGGCGGCCUCAAGCUCGACACCUCGGGCGGUGCAGCGGCACUGGUCGACGCGCCAGUUAAAGCGGACGAAAUCACCCAAGACCGAUCGAUGUCGGCAACACGCAGGCCUGGGCGUCCGCAGAGGAGAGAGCCAACGCAAGAUCAACAAGAAUGGCGGGUUAGGCAAACUUCAGCAUCUUCAUCACUCCCGGCGGCCUCUGUACAGGAGAGCGAGAUUGCAAUCCGAGCGAAUCCGAGGACUGGGGUUGUUACCAACAGUCGCAGCAGCACCAGCAGAGGCCCGACGAUGCAUCAGCUGGUACAAGACUUCAAACACAGUGCCAUCGGCCCUCCCAAGCUGCUCGAAACCUCGGGUUAUCCCUUCGAGUACAAGCGUUACAAUACGAGCAUGGAUCCACGCGGAUAUCUUCCCGUAUAUGAGUACGUUGCAGAAGACAAGCUGUUCAUGAUCGAUGCAGAGAAUAGCUACGUGCACUUCACCGGCAUCUGGCGCGCCGUCAGCAAUACCAAAAACGAGAUUGUGCGCCUCGUCGAAAUCUAUCCAGAGCUCGACGCAGUCGUCCGCAAGAUCCGUGGUGGCACAUUGAAGAUCCAGGGAAGUUGGGUGCCUUACAGUGGGUGCCAAAACCGAUUUCCAGAUGAAGAGAUUUUAUUCCGCAUAGCAAGUAUCUGACAGUGUGUGACUGGACUUGUCGUAAUUGCCAAUAGAUAUCGCAAAAGCUCUGGCGCGUCGAUGCACAUUCCCGAUACGACACCUGCUCGUACCCAUCUUCGGACCGUCCUUCCCCUCAGAGUGCAUCACGCCUGGCCAGUCAGGCUACGGUGACUUGGUUCUGGAGCGCAAAGCCACAGUAGAAGCGCCGACCAAGCCUAAGGACAGCGCAGACGCAGUGCUCAGCACUGACACGCGAUUCGGGGGAGGUGCAGCUGAUGAUG